AUGCCUGCCUUUGAGGGUGUUGGAGGGCGAAAGAAGAAGCGGACACGAAAACCAACAACCAGUACCGGCAUUCAAUUACAGCAGUCACUGGCACUGGAAGUUGUUGAUGCAAUCCGAACCUCCGAAAACAUCUCCCAAGAACACAUCACACAUGACUAUCAAGACCACCCAAGCCAACUGGAGAUCCGCAAAACAUACGAUUAUUCAACCAAUCAGCAAGAAACCUUUGAAGGUCAAGAGACUGCUUAUGAUCAGCCAACCGACCCUCAAGUUGACAACCUGCUAGCAUACCUCCAGACCGAGGAUUACAAAAGGAAGAAACUUUUGGAGGAGAAGCAUUGGAACGAGGUUUUUGAUGGCAUGUUCUCUUGUUUUUAUCAAUGUGCAGCUCGGACAUCCAACUGGGGAGACGUGGCAGCUUGGGAUUGCGACUGGAAAGAACCAUGCCAAUGCCCUCGGACCCGACUGAGACAGGUUGUUUUGGUUGAUAUCUUAACUAGGAGGCGGACGGAAGUGGACUUUUGUGGAUGUCAUCCAGACCAGGUCCGACUUAUUCAAAUGGGUUACAUAGGUGGUUCCCCAAAGUUUCCGCAGACAGCAUUCUCCAUCCGACUCCUUAGGUUUCAUCACAUAAUAUGGAAACAUAGUGCUGUGGCCAUGACUCCCUUUGCAAAAGCCAUCGACGAGUUUCUGGAUUCAAACAAUCCCCUCAUUCUGGUCAACUCUAACAGUGAAGAUUCCAAUAACUCAUUCAGUGUACGACAAUGGAGGCGCCCUAUGUCUUCUGCGGUUGAUGCAUAUCGAGAAAUGUUAAGAAGAGAAAAGCUACUAACAGAAGAGCUGCUCAAAAUGGAACCGAUCGAUAAAUUGUCUGCAAUUUGUCCGAAAUGUUUUGGACCCCCGGUUCCAGGUAAAAAGGAAAAUGAACCAGAUUUCAUAGUUUGUAUGGAUGGAAACUUUCAGCAUCGAAGACAUCUGGCUGCGAGUAGUGGGAUCCCAGAGCAAAACAAAACAUUCACCCUCUUCAUUGAUCCGGACGAAGUUCUCCAAAUGGAAAGCACCAUGAGAGGAAAUAUUCAACCAGAUGAAGUCAAUGACAAUUUGGAUCGCUGUACCGAACAACACACAGCAGCCAACGAUGUCAGGGGCCCAACCACCUGGAAAGCUUGUGACGACACUGGAAUUUUUGGAAUGGCUUGUUGA